AUGGCGUUUGAUCUCGUUCGAAAGCGUCUCACCAAAGAGCUUAAACUACUAAUAGAAAAUCCUACGCCUGGCAUUCGAGUCGUCGAUGAUAAUUCUGAUAUGCGAAACAUUCGAAUUGAUAUUGACGGUGCAACAGGAACAUUAUACGAUGGUGAAAAAUUUCAAUUACAAUUCAAAUUUUCGGAUCAAUAUCCAUUUGAUUCACCACAAGUUACAUUUAUUGGUCCUAAUAUUCCUCUUCAUCCACAUAUUUAUUCCAAUGGUCAUAUUUGUUUAUCAAUAUUAACUGAUGAUUGGUCACCAGCAUUAAGUAUAAAUGCUGUUUGUCUUAGCAUUUUAUCAAUGUUAUCAAGUUGUAAAGAUAAGAGCCGUCCACCUGAUAAUGAUUGGUAUGUUCGUACAGCAUCUAAUGAUCCUAAAAAAACUCGAUGGUGGUAUCAUGACGAUUCUGUUUAA